CCCCAAACAUCACCUCGCUCAUCCUUUUGUUCUCCUUCAUUCUGCGAGACAAACGCGAACAAAGCGGGCACAAUGAACCAGAAGGUGGUUCUCAUCACGGGCUGCUCCUCAGGCAUCGGCCUGGCUCUGGCGGCCCGGAUAGCUAAAGACGAGAAGAAGAGGUUCAUGGUCUAUGCCACCAUGAGAAACCUGGGUAAGGCCGAGCUGCUGGUUGAGGCGGCCGGCCGGACUCUUGGCAGGACCCUGGAGAUCAAGCAGCUAGACGUGUGCAGCGAGGAAUCCAUCAAAGCCUGCAUGGACAGCCUGCCGGAACGCAGGGUGGACAUCCUCAUCAGUAAUGCAGGGAUGGGACUGAUUGGACCCAUCGAGUGCCAGACUAUCGAUGAGAUGAAGACAGUCAUGGACACCAACUUCUUCGGACUUGUGCGACUGCUGAAGGAGAUCCUGCCUGACAUGAAAAAGAGGAAGAGAGGUCAUAUCGUGGUCAUCAGCAGCGUCAUGGGUAUUCAAGGAAUAUUGUUCAACGAUGUCUAUGCAGCGUCUAAGUUUGCAGUGGAAGGCUUUUGUGAAAGCUUGGCAGUUCAAGCCCUGAGGUUCAGUUUGAACAUCAGCCUGAUAGAACCAGGUCCAGUGAUCACAGAGUUUGAGCGUAAGGUUUACGAAGAGGGCCUGAAGACGGACCUCAGCAAAGCUGAUAAAGUGACUGCAGACAUGUUCACAAACAUCUACCUGAAGAACUACAACCAGAUCUUUGAAACCCUUGGUCAGACAGCAGAGGAUGUAGCAGAGCACACCCACAAGAUUAUCACCAUGGACAAUCCUCCUUUCCGCCAUCAGACAAACACUCUCUACACACCCAUGACCACACUGAAAUAUGCCGAUCCCAACGGAGACCUUCCCAUCGAAACGUUUUACAAAAUGGUGUUUGAACAUGACAAAGUCUUCAACGCCAGCCUGAACUUCCUCAAGCUGCUGCGUUGGAGGAGUCGUAAGAGUUUUACCUUGGAAAAAGAUAAGAGCACCUGAGAGGAUUAGUAACGACACGUCAGAUCUAUUUCUGUGUGUGUAUAUGUGUGUGUGAGAAAUAUACAUUCUACCAAAGCUGUCCGCAAAAGUCAAUUAAAAUAUCAUUAAUUUGUAAAGCAAUAAAUUAAUUUCUGAAAAAGCA